ACUGCUACAGACAAUAUGGCAUCGAUCUAUCACAUGUGAGGCAGUUUGUAAACAAUGGUAGAGGAGGAGGACUGUGGUAGGGUGGUCUCUCGGAGGUCAGUUCACACACGAACGGCGAGAAUGAAUGGAGACAUAUCUUCACCUAUGAGUGAGGUGAACAAGUCAAAUGCCAAUGGGGAGGACCAGGUCCUACACAAUAUGUACCUCCGGGAAAAACUUAAAGACUUACAAAAAUCGUUGGAGAACGAGCUGGGGAAUAUCAUUGAAAAGCGCUUACAAGAUUUUGAGGAGGAGAACCUGCCAGUAUCAGAAUGUUUGGCCAGAAACACUAUGGCAUCGUUUGCAUCUGCAUUCCCACAAUCUCACACCAGAUGCAAAGAGGCAAAAAAGCCGGGUGAACUUCCUAGCCGUUUAUAUAUUGCUCGUCCUUCGUUGUUGAAGGAGCUACUGACUGUCAACCACAUGGAGAGUAUUUAUAACAUCUUUGUUGCCAUUUUAGUCCUUCUGUUCUUCAACAAAGUCUUGGAGGAAAUCAUUCAUUCUGGAAGCCCAAAUUUAGAUCUCUCCCUCAUAAUCUGGGCAUUUGGUGAACUAGACCGUGUAAUUGUCAUAUGGGUUUGCAUGUUCACAUGCACGUCAGUCCUGGUCUACAUGAGCUUCCACCAUUGGGCACACUUCAGACAUAAUAUGCCAAUUGUAUAUGAUGUAGUUGGAGGGAUGCUGUACAUCGUUUACCUGUGCCUCUUCCUCUACCUGCCCUUGCAAAGUCUUCUCAACAAUGACCUUCCUCCUGCCUCGUCUUUCAUUAUACUGUGUGAACAGGUUAGAAUGUUCAUGAAGACUUGGGCGUUUGUAAGAAGUAAUCUUAAUCGUGCAAUCCAAUUCAAAAAAGACGAUGAUGAUGUUCAGGGGAAAAGCGUUUGUCCUGAUUUUUCGUACUAUCUGUAUUUCCUCUUUGCACCAACAUUGGUUUAUAGAGAUGAAUAUCCAAGAAACCAAACUUGUGACUGGCAGAAAGUGAUUAAUGACUUAGGUCAGGUUAUUGGUUGCUUGUUUUAUACUCACUUUCUGUUUGUGCGAUUUUGUGUACCUGUCUUCCAGAAGUUUGGCCAGGAGUCUUUCAAUACGACAAAUCUCAUGGUGGCUGUGUUCUCCUGCAUGUUCCCGGGAUCUCUCGUUCUCCUCUGCGGGUUCUUUUCCAUCCUUCAUGCCUGGCUGAAUGCUUUUGCCGAGAUGAUGCGUUUUGCUGACAGAAUGUUCUAUAAGGACUGGUGGAACUCAACAUCAUAUGCUCGAUUUUACCGCACCUGGAACUGUGUAGUGCACGAUUGGCUGUAUGAGUAUGUAUAUAGGGAUAUCGUUGCAUUGCAGAGAAAGCAUGGUGAAGGUUGUGCACGGCUUCGGUGUUUCCCAAUGCUGGUGGUCUUUUUCAUAUCAUCGGUGGUGCAUGAAUACAUCUUGGCCUUUGCAUUUAGGUUUUUUUUUCCUGUCCUUCUCAUCAUGUUUGGAGGCUUUGGAGUUGCCUUUAUGUUUGUAAACAGUAAGGCUCGUCAAUUCAACAUCUUCCUCUGGGUUACUCUUAUAUUUGGCACUGGCAUUUUAAUGUGCUUGUACAGCAUGGAGUGGUAUGCCCGUAUCAAUUGUCCACCUGUUUAUGAGGGCUUUCUUGACUAUCUUGUACCACGAAGCUUAGCUUGUGAAUUUUCAUCCGUUGAAUAGGAAACAGUAUAAUUAUUUUGCAUUAAAAUUAAUUGCAAUGUGUUAGUUAAAAUUUCCUGAAUAGACCCAAUCAGGUAGUGUCACAAGUUUGUAUGAUAUGCAGCUGUACAAGUGUAUAGCUGCAUAUAUUAUAUUUUGUAUAACCUUUUAUCCAAACUAAUCCUAAAUAAAUAUUUUUUUAAAGCAUGAAAGAAUUUGUAAAACUUAAGUAUGUGGUAUUUUGGUACUGUAUUACCAAAAUUUGCAAUUAAAUGUUAACAUAAAUACCUUUAUAUGUCAAGCAAAAGCAUUGAUGUAUAGACUCCAAAACUGAGACAUUCUAAAGCAGUUUUGUUUUCAUUAAAUAAUAUAGAAAACGUAGUGAAUCUAAAAUGAAAUAAGAUCUUCACUACUUUCAAAGUGACCUUAUUAAUGCAAACUACAUAUUUUUAUGUCAGCAGUAAGAAAAUGCAUUUAAAUUACAGUACGUAUUUAUGUAUAUACAGUAGUAUAUAAACCUUAAAAAAUAUUCUGCCGAUAGUCUUCCUUCUUUCCAAUCGGACAGAAUUUAUUAUAAAUUUCUAUUUUGUACUCUAUGUGACUUUGAAUUUUGUGUGUGCAACAUUAUAUGUUCAGUAUCACCCAUGCACCAAUAUGCUCACCAGCAUCAGUUCGUUGUGAAAUGUGAAGUUACAUCUUGUACUGUAAUGUGGAAAGCGUUAUUUAUGGUGAUAUGGUGUCGAGACAUUUUCUUUAAGAUUCUCUUUUGAUGUGCCUCGCGUAAUAAAUUAGGCAAUGUUGUUUGCAAUUCAAUGAUGAAAGGCUUUUUAAUGUGCAUAUUUGGGCUAAAUGACAUCAUAUAAUACUUUAUGCAAUUGGCUCAGAAAACUCUAACUUUAAAGUGGAAGUAAAUGUUUGAAAACACUAGCAAAACAUUUUACUGAGACUUCUUGGUUAUUUAGUGUGAAGCAAUCUUGUUUUUGUUUUACAAAGUUAGUUAUUAUUAUAGCUUACCAAAUUUUUCUCUUUAGAUGUAAAAGUGCUUUUCUCUAUUUUUUUUCUUAUGUUGGUGAUAUAUUGCAAUUCCCACAAGUAAUUUCCACCUCAUACUUUUUGUUGUUCUUGUCUUACAUUUAAAGUUGGUGAAUACAUACAGUUUGCUGUUUUUGGUUAAAUUAUAUAUGGGAUUUGUGCAAUGUGAUUCAGCUUAGAGGAAUUAUAAUAUUAUCAUACAUGAAUGUGACAUUAAUUAUAUAGCAUAGAUGACUGUAUUUUUGUAUGGGUAAUUUUAAAAUGAAGACAGAGAUACAACUGAAGUCUUACCUUUAAAACACAUUGCAGGUAACAAUGACAUCUUAAUUGUCCACAUUGUCUUCCCAUCUCUCACUACACAUGCCAGCAGUUCAUCAAUAUAGUUGUUCCUAAGGAAGACUAUGGACUUGUCUUCAAUUCAUUCACUUUAAGUAAAUCUUGCAUCCACCAAGCUCUUCCUCUAGUAGGACCCAGACAAGCGCGUCAUUUGAUGUAAGAUCAAGGCCAUAGGGUGAAUGCAUAAGAAUCAUAAACCCCCAGACCUUGGAUGGUGUCAUCUGUUGCCCUGUGCUGGUUUUGGAUAGGGAUGAUUGUACUACAAGAUCCUUUUCCUUAGCGAUCCACAAUGUCUGCUCCUAAUGGCUUUGUUGAACUAUAUGAAUUUUAAAUUUGUCUUUAUUGACUAAAGCUCCUCGGGGGUUAUAAUCGGUCAAUGUACCCAUGUUCAUGCACCAAAAGACUGUCAGCAUUUUUUUUUUACUCUGAUUUUCAUUAUACUAGUAAUGUGAUAUUAUUUUUAUUUCAUAUACAUUAUUGUUAGUGAUAGUUUAUUAAAUGAUAUCGUGGCCAGUAGAGAAAGCUUUGACUUUUUUAUGAUAUGUUUACUUAAAAUAUGACAUAAUUUGCUUUCAGAUGUACAGUUCUUAUGUUUAUGCUUAGGGAAUAUUUAUAUUAAGAUAAAUGUAAUUUAAGAAUAGAUCUCAGUUGCCUACACUAAGUGUAAGCUUAGUUACUACACCCACAGCAACACAGAGAGUAGGGACUGAUUUAUGAAAGCUGCACAAGCAUGACAAGAAACCUCUUGAUUGUAUCUACAGUACUACACAUAUUGUACUUGGGAAAUAAGUAAUUUAUAACAAAAAUUAAAUAUAAAAAAACAAGGACAGGAUUAGUUUCUUUGUAAAGAAAAUGUAAAAAAAGCUAAGGUUGUGAUAAAGCUGAAUAGUGAUAAUUAUGAAACUACAGCAUUGUGAUGACAGUUUUUCAAAUGUUUUCAAUCUUUUAUUUUAUAUACAUUAAAAUUAGCUUUAAGUUGAUAUAAUGUCUUGUGACCUGUUAGCAUUACCCUAUGAUAAUGAGAUGGAGGCUGAAAGACAUACUCAGGAUAACUAUUCACUUGUAUGAUAUUUUCUAUGAGGUUCAUGACCAUGUUCGUGUUCUGUGAUGUAAAAAACUGUUCAAGAAUACAUUCAGAAGUAAUAUUUACUUGUCUGAGCUGUACAGUUAACAUUCACUGGAUGAAUGCUGAACUUGCCAUGUAUACAAAAUUGUAUUUUUGACAAAGUACAAAUAUAAAAAGUCAUCUUCAUC